AUGAAGUUCACCCCCCUCUUGGCUGCGGCCCUCCUCACGGGCAGCACCACCGCCAUCGGCCCUGCCACGCCCGACCAGCCGCCGCGUCUAAAGGGCAAGCCCGAGAAGAUGUCCAACUGGAAGUGGCCAAACCCCUUCACCUCCUCAACCGUUACAAAGAAAUAUGACCCCGUAUGCACGGUCGAGAGGAUCAUCGCCGCGCAAGAGUACCUGCUCGACGACCUCUCUCAGAACCCGCCCAAGGGCCUGCUCCCGUACCGCGACGCGCUCAAGUCCGUCUUCGGCACGCGCGACUACCCUGGCAGCUGGGACGGUAUCGACCCGCACGGCUACGACCGGCACAUCCUGUUCAUGGACUACCAUCUGAUGCCGCUCAAGGUGCGCGAGUGGAUCGAGGACCAGGAGCGGUCCGACGGUCCGGGGAAGGGCUUGUUCGCGGUUUAUCCUCGGCCGUUGCCCGGCACUAGGGUGUUGCACACGGUCAAGGUGCCGCAGGAGAGCCCGGUGCCGAAGGAAUGGCGGGAGAAUGAUGAUCGGAGGGUCGCACUUUUUGCGCCUGGAGCUAUUUACGAGACGCUGCCGUUGUGGGUGGCUGAUGAUAGUGAUUGUGCUGAGGCGCUCUCCGAUCUGUCCAGGUACAGUGCCAAGCCCAAGAACGGCGGCGUCAUUGCGUACCCUGUCAAACACACCUCGCCGAAUCGUGGGGCAAACGAGCGUGACAUGGAGAUCACCAUCAAAGCUCAGGUUCUGACUCUAAAGCCGGGUGAGACUGAGGAGGUUGAGCCAGAGGCUAAGAAGGAGGAGAAGAUUGAGAAAAAGGAGGAGACGAAGGAAGAAAAGGUUGAGGAGAAGGAGGAGGAUACCAAGACCGAGGAGAAGCCCACUGAGAAGACCGAAGAGAAGGCUGAGGAGAAGACCGAGGAGAAGAAGGAGGAGGCUAAGGUCGACGAGAAGGACGAGCUAUGA